AUGUUUUCUUGUUUCUGUUUCAGCAUUCAGGAUAAAUCCUUCAACUCAACAGCUUUAGCAGAGUGUGACGGCGAUUCAGACUCUGUACAUCAAGAUCAAGCAGGCAGUUCCAGCCCCAGAGAUGAUGAUAACAAAGAAAAUUAUCCGGACAACACUGCUAUCUUAGAAGAAAGGCAGCUGCCUUUGCAAGAUACUCAGCAUCACAAGCAGCAGUCUGUAAUUGACUACGCUCUAAAGCCUGAAAUGGGUAACUUGAAGCUGAGAAAACCUAAGCCCAUUGCAAAGCUAGAAAAUGGAAAAAGCCAUGAGGAAAGUCAGGAGCUGGAAAGUGCAUUGCCAGGCCUCCCAGAGUGGCAGGGGAAGGCUGGAUCCUCAGCUAAUGACUAUGCACAGAACGUAGCUUUAAGAUGCCAGGAAACAGUCGUGAGGUUUCAACCAAGAAUAGAUCAGAACACAUGCAUUUCACCAAAAGAAGCAACUGAGCAAUUUAACGACUUAAAUGAGAAUUCUUUGUUGAAGCUACAAGCCCUUGAAACCGAUCUGUGCUCUGCAUUUCUGCCAACCCAGGAAGAAACAUCUCAGCUGCCGGCAUCCAAGGAUCCAGCCCCUUCAUCAACCCAAACCAGUGUGCAAGCUGAUGGAGCCAGCUGUGGAGAGCAAUAUCACUUCAUUUCUCCUAUUGUUGAUUUUAAUUCAAUGCAUCAGCAGAGAAAUAGCAAAGAGCCUGUGCCAGCUCACAGAGACUGGCAGAAUGACAUGGACAGCAGCCCACAAGAACAUCACUCCCUAGGGACCAGUCGACUGCUGUAUCACAUUACGGAUGGCAACAAUCCUCUUUUGUCACCACGCUGCUCUAUCUUUAGCCAAAGCCAGAGAUUUAAUCUAGACACAGAGUCUGCUCCUUCUCCACCAAGUGCUCAACCUUUCAUGAUGCCAAGAAGUUCUUCUAGAUGUAACUGUGAAGACUGCAAAGAACCACACACAGUAGCACAACUUACCAAGCAUCUUCAGAGUCUCAAGAGAAAAAUUAGGAAGUAUGAAGAAAAGUUUGAGCAAGAAAGAAAAUACCUGCCUUCUCAUGGUGACAAGACUUCCAAUCCUGAAGUUCUGAAAUGGAUGAAUGAUUUGGCCAAAGGUCGUAAGCAGCUCAAAGAGCUGAAACUAAGAAUGUCAGAAGAGCAAAACUGUACCUCUAGAGUACCCCAAAGAAAUGGUCAUAGUGAAAGCACUGGGAUCUCUAAAGAGGCUGGGACACAGGAGGCCACAAGCACAGAACUAGCUCCCUCAGUAGAAGACACCAUGGACAGUGUAUUGAGAAGACUAAAGGAGAAAAGACAGCACUUCAAUCUUCCUGAGACUAUAAAGGAUAUGACAAAAAAACAAAUGGCUUUGGAAAAAAUAAGUCUUCAGAAAUGUCUACUUUAUUUUGAGACUAUUCAUGGACAACCUGUAACUAAGCAAGAAAAGAAUCUCAUGAAACCUCUUUACGACAGAUACAGAAUUAUCAAGAAACUUCUUGUAACUCCAUCUUUGAUCACAACAAUUGAGGAGGAAGACUCAGAUGAAGACCAUUCUCAAAGCAGCCAUGAGUUGUCAUUUGGUCCAAUAUCUUGCCUUCCUGUUGAUGAGCACCUGUGUUACUCUCAGGAGGAAAGUGAGCCUGCAUACGUUUCACCUCUGGAUGAAAAGAAGGUUUUCAGGCAAACAGCCCUGUCUAUGUCCAAUCUACAUGAGGCAACAAUGCCCGUCCUGCUUGAACAUCUCAGAGAAACAAGAGCAGAUAAGAAAAGGCUUCGCAAAGCUCUGAGGGAGUUUGAGGAACAAUUCUAUAAGCAGACAGGAAGGAGUCCUCAAAAAGAAGAUCGGGCACCAAUGGCUGAGGAAUACACUGAAUACAAGCACACAAAAGCCAAAAUCAGGCUCUUGGAGGUUCUCAUCAGUAAGCAUGAUAUUUCCAAAACAAUCUGAAGUGAAUGUAAUGCUGUGGUAUGGUCCUCUAGCAAACAAGUAAUGAAAAAGAGGAAGCAAUUUUACAGGUCUUGGUCUGCUGCACAAUUAUUUAACACACUGAGAUUUUUUGAUGCACUUUACCAGUUAUACUAGCUGGGAUGAGGGAGGAGAGCAAUACACAGGAAUAUUAAGCACAGGUGAGUGGACUAUAGUAUAUAUUUUUUUCCUUUUGAAAAAGCCUUGAAAUGCACUGUGAGAAUGUUAGAAAUUAAAAGUACACUGAUGUAAUGUAGAACCUCAGUUUGAACUGUUCGUAGUUUAAAAAGGUGCGAGGAAACACUCUCCAGGUUUUUAGUACAUCUUUCUUAGCACAUGGUAAUGUACCACACAUUUCUUACCAGAAUUAACUUGCACCAUAAUUAACUAUUAAUGUUGCUUCUCAAUGUGUGAUUCACUGGAUUAAAAGAAAGAAGAGCAUAAAACAAAUGAAGGAAAAAAUCAUGACCAUACUCUUCUCUUUCGAGACAGAGUUGCCAUUCAGUUACAGUAGCUUCAAAGAAAGGUGCAUUCAAAGAACCAGGAUUUGGUCUCAAAUUCUGGGAGUACAAUAAAGUGAUGCUGCCUAUGCAAAUAAAAUAAAAUAAAAAGAAAUAGAAGGAUGGAUGGAAUGUGACUGCCAAAUAAAACUGUUAUUUUUUUCAGAAAUAAGAGUUUGACAAAAUAAAAUAGAUACAGUUUACUGGGAAGAGAUAAAACAAAUGUACUGGCUGCUGUCCUUUUCAAUGUAGUUCACACAACCUGGCUCACCAUACUUAAAACUCAGUAAAUAGAUCAACUACAUGCUAAUUUUAAUUUCUGUAUUAAACUUUGCACUUUAUUUUGCCUGAUGCUCUAACAAAUAUUUGCUUUUCUAAGUACCAAAGCUUGUUUAGAUGCAUGCACUUUGUAAAAUGUCAAAGUAUUUCUUGUGUUACAGAUUGCUACGUAUAUAUAUAUGUAUUUAAAAAGGCUAGAUAAUUGCAUUAUGCUAAGAUAUUUUGGAUAGAUGAAGUAUAUGGUAUAUAGUUACAGUUAUCUGAUGAGGAAUGCUAGACUUCUUGUUUACUAAAAAAUGAGAUUAUAACAGGUUAUUUUUCCAUUGGAAUUAUGUGUCUUUCUUAACUUUCAGAGCACCACACUUUGUAAUAUUAAGAUUUUUUCACUAUUUGUGAUAAACCAUUUGUGUGAAAUGUGGACUAUUAACAGAAGAAUUAUCAGUGGCUUUUUUACUAGAAGUGAAAAGCAGGGAUUCUAGGAAACAGCUACCCCAGACAUAAUGAAAAAAUGUAUUUAACAAAAAAAAAAAACAACAAACAAAAACACAAAGGUACUUGAAUAAGUUA